AUGGAUACUUUAUUAACGGCGGACAUUGUGGCCAAUUCCCCACGAUUUCGUCGGAAAUCCUCGACUUUCGUCGAUGCAAUCCAUGACUUGCCUGAGAAGGCGGAUCUCGCCCCGGCUCAGCUGUAUAGCACGGAGUCUGGUAGACUUUUUCACUCAGGUCGAAUCGUUAUCAUCACCGUAGGCCUACCCGCGAGGGGCAAGACGUUCGUUCGACCCAAACUGGCCGCGUGGAUUCAUGGUGUUAAAACUAGGAUCUUCCACCUCGGAGAUUACAGACGCGCUACAAUUCCCUUCGGACAAGACAUUCCGGAUGAUUACUUUUUUGUCAAUGCAUCUGCAUCUUCUGUCCUUCUACGGCAAAAAAUUGUAAAAAGAUGCCGAGAAGACAUUUACCAGUUUUUGAAUGAUGAAAACGGGCAGAUAGCAAUCUAUGAUGCAGUCAAUCCACUGGCUUCCGGUCGACGAUCUCUGGCGAAGGAAUUUGCAAAGCAUGACAUCGAGACUCUAUUUAUUGAGUCAUGGUGUGACGAUGAGCGCAUCAUCGAAGAGAAUGUCCGCAGGGUGAAAAUAUCUUCGCCCGAUUACGUCGCAUGGAGCUCUGAGGAUGCAGUAAAGCAUUAUUUGACCCGCAUUACUGCCCGAAUCCCACAAUUUCAGACCAUGGAGGAAAAAGAUCUGAAUUAUAUCAAAAUGAUCAAUGCUGGGGAAAGAUUGAUCGUUAACAACCGGAGUUUCGGCUACCUUUCUCACAGAAUCGUUUUCUAUCUUCUUAACCUCCACAUCAAAUCGAGACACACAUACUUCGCGCGUGCUGGUGUUUCGCUAGAAGCCGGCUCAUACAAAGCCGAUGCUUCGCUAUCCGAGCAAGGGGAAGACUAUGCGAAGAGAAUGACGGAGUGUUUGAUCAAGCACAGGGAAGAUGAGAUGCAGACAAUGAUUGAUCAAGGAGAAAUCGAUUGUGGACUCAAACCCCUGACGGUCUGGACGUCCACAAGACGGAGAACCAUCGAGACUGCACAGUAUCUCCACGAGACUGGGUACAAGGUUCGACAAAGAUCGCAAUUGAGCCAAUUGAAUCCCGGUGUUUGUGAAAAGAUGUCGGAGCAAAAGAUUCGCGAAGAAUACCCCGACGAGGUUGCAAAACACGAACUUGACCCCUACCACCACAGGUACCCUCGAGCUGAAUCAUACCACGAUUUAGCCGUGCGCCUCGAGCCCGUUAUCUUGGAGCUCGAACGUGAGCAGAACGAUCUUCUCAUUAUUGCUCAUGAGAGCGUCUUGAGGGUUCUGUAUGGAUACCUCAUGGCGUGCAACGCAGCUGAUAUUCCAUUUUUAGAGUUUCCACGUGAUGAGAUAAUUGAGAUCAUCCCUGAGAGCUACCAAAAUGAGGCGCGUAGGAUUCAUAUUCCCGGGCUGCCGAAGGAAAUUAUUCCGGGCUCGCCGGAGGACAUCAAAAUUCCCGUGCCCUCUAGUGAAGUGACUACUCCUCUGGUCGGUGGUAUAGGCAGCCCGAAGGAAGGCCUUUCGACCCCGCAAAGUGGUCUCCGGACUCCUCGCGAGCCUGAAAGGAUUUCGCAACAGCAUGGCUUCAAAGUGGGCUUCAUGGUGUCCAUUACGGCCGACUACGUCAGUGUUGGCGGCAACAGACACCCCGCCGCCGCGGACUGGGAUGUGCAGACGGGCGUGCUCGCCUUCGGUGCAGACAACAAUGUCGCUUUGUGGGAUCCAAGGGAAAGCUCGCUUCGUGGAGUCUAUGCUCUUCUCGUCGGCCAUACCGACAAGGUCAGCGCCGUGCGCUUUUACACCUGUCCCACCACGGGCGAGAAAUUCCUUCUGACCGGCUCCGUGGAUCGUACAUUACGGCUCUGGAGGGCGGAAUCCGACGACAGACGCCAAUUCUCGCUGGCACACACUUUGGAGGGCCAUACAGGCUCGGUCAAUACCAUUGCCGUUGCUGACGGCACGGACAUUGUCGCGUCGGGAGCGGCGGAUGGAAGUGUCAAACUGUGGAGGAUUGCCUCCCGGGAAGGAUGCCAAAGCGAACUGCUCCAGACCAUAUCUUUGAAACCACGGUUCUUUCCCUUGGCCUUAGCAUUGGCUCGGCUUCAGACCGACGCGAAUGACGGCCCUUUUGUGUUGGCAGUUGCGGGAACCACGAAUGUCAUUCAGCUCUAUGUGGCCGAGAGCACUCUUGCCGGCUCUGACAUGAAACUCUCCGCUGUUUUGUCUGGCCACGAGGCCUGGGUGCGCUCUCUGUCAUUUACUCCUGACAAGAAUAGUAAGGUCGGCGACCUUUUGCUUGCUUCUGCGAGCCAGGACAAAUACAUCCGACUGUGGAGAUUCCAUCGGGGUCUAAUAACCUCGUCCUUACCACAGAAUGAUGAAGAAACCAUGAUAGCGGGCCUUGAACCGACUUUAUCAAAUAAGGCGCACCAACUACAGGCAGCGGGGUCGACAUACUCUGUCACAUUUGAAGCGCUUUUGUUCGGAAACGAAGACUGGAUUUACACCACCGCGUGGAACCCGAACAGUGACCGCCAGCAACUUCUAUCUGCUUCUGCGGAUAAUACAUUGACCAUCUGGGAACAAGAUUUGGUUUCCGGAGUUUGGAUUUCCGCUGAAAGGAUGGGUGAGAUCAGUGUGCAGAAAGGAUCCACUACUGCUACGGGGAGCACCGGUGGGUUCUGGAUCGGUCUCUGGGCCCCGGAUGGCAAGGGUGUUGUCAGUCUCGGUCGCACAGGUAGCUGGAGGCUAUGGAGCUACGACGAGACAGCCGAUGUUUGGUUGCAGUCAUUGGGCAUCACAGGGCAUGUUCGAUCAGUGAACGGUGUGCAGUGGGAGUCCACUGGAGGGUAUCUGAUGUCGACCAGUGCCGACCAAACAACGAGGCUUCAUGCCCAGUGGUUACGAGAUGGCUCUAGUUCAUGGCAUGAAUUUUCUCGGCCGCAGAUUCAUGGAUAUGAUCUGAAUUGUAUUGACACUUUGGGACCGGCACGGUUUGUGUCGGGUGCAGAUGAGAAACUCCUACGGGUUUUCAACGAACCCAAACCCGUCGCCCAAAUGCUGGGGAAGCUUUCUGGAUUUCAGCCACUAAAUGACGACGAGCUCCCAGAUACGGCGCAGAUCCCAGUUCUGGGCCUAUCAAACCAAGCUUUAGGUGACGAGGCUCCAGUGGAUGUAGAAGGAAAUGGCCCGGAUGGCCCAGAGAUGGUACAUUCUCAAGCAAAUCAAGCGCUCCUAGCAGAUUCGGAUCGACCUCCCCUGGAGGAUCAACUGGCUCGACAUACAUUGUGGCCCGAGCAUGAAAAACUUUACGGUCACGGGUACGAAAUAUCAGCGGUGGUCGCCAGCCAUGACCGUACCCUCAUCGCGACUGCCUGCAAAGCGAGCUCAAUAGACCACGCGGUCAUUCGCUUGUAUUCUACCUCUGACUGGCACGAGAUCCGACCUUCUCUCGCAGCUCACACCUUGACGAUCACAAGUCUUUCCUUUUCUAAUGAUGAUCGGUAUCUUCUUAGUGUUGGAAGGGACCGCCAAUGGGCGGUCUUUUGCCGGAGCGAUCAAGACCCGUCCACCUUCGCACUGCUGGCAUCCAACCCGAAGGGACAUUCUAGGAUGAUCUUAGAUGCCGCUUGGGCUCCAGCCAUCGAUAGCCCCAUCUUUGCGACGGCGGGCCGAGACAAGUCGGUCAAGCUCUGGCAGAGGGAAGAAGACACGUUUGUGUGCAGGUCGGCAGUAUCGCUGAAAACUUCCAUCAGCGCCAUCUCGUUCUAUCCCCAAAUGCAGUCGAACUCAUUCAUCCUUGCGUCAGGAGAGGACAGUGGUGAGGUAUCCAUAUAUCAAAUUGCUGUUGACAGCCUUGAGCCCAAGCAUUUGAUAAGCGUUGAUCGACGCCUGAGUCCCUCGAAGACCAUCACACAACUGGCUUGGCGACCUUAUACACAGACCGAUGAAAAGGCGGGUCAACGUAAGUUUGAGCUUGCUGUUGCGAGCGAGGACACCUCGACGCGUGUAUAUGCUAUUUCCAACAUCUUCUGA